AUGCUCAACGCAACCGACUUCAGAAGAUUCAAAUCCGACGUCCAGCAACAUCUGCAGCUGGAAGCUCAAAGGAAACAGCAGCACGAGGACCAUGUUGAGGAAAUCGAUUCAACAUUCCAUCACCUUAAUCAACAUCCUUCGGCAACGUUGCUCAGCAAUCGAAAUCUCAAGGGAAGUGCUAAUGAACUCCGGGUGGCUUGUGCUCUUGGCUCCAGGACUUCAAACCGCUUGUUGGAAUCAAGCUGCCAAAUCAUGGAGGCCUUUCAUGAUAGCUUGCUCCGCCGAACCAUUGCGAUCAAUCUGGAGUACGAAUUGAAAAGGCAGCUAUUUCCAACCCUAGCAGACUCAUCACCCCAACGAUCCCAAUCCAGUUUUAUGAGUGUCAGAGAAGCGAAGAAGGAAGACCCUGAGCGCGCCAAACGUAUCUUGAAGGGAUGGUUCACCUCACGACAAGACGAGCAUCAAUUCUGGGCUGCGAUGCACAUUCUCAAGAGUGUUUCUUCGUCAGUCCACCCUACGAACACCAUCAAAGGGGACCCCAUGAACGUCUCAACCACCUGCACUCUUUUGGAGCAAGACUUUCUCCCGGCCACAACUUUGCGUGACCAGGGCAGAUCACUCAAAUGGGACCGCAAGAAGAAACAGCUGAUCCGCCGAUUGGUGACCAAGCUUGGACAAGCAAGUCCAAGUGAUGGUAACACGACAUUUCUCCAUAGUCGAAGUUAG